AGAAAACACCAACAAGAAGGAUAACUUGAAACACUCCUGACCCCUUUGCUUUCGAUUUCUUGACUGCACUACAAGCAACCAGAAUGUCGGGGGCUUCAGUGAAGGUGGCUGUUCGGGUCCGGCCCUUCAAUUCCCGAGAAACCAGCAAAGAGUCCAAAUGUAUCAUCCAGAUGCAAGGCAAUUCAACCAGUAUUAUCAAUCCAAAGAAUCCUAAGGAAGCACCAAAGUCGUUCAGCUUUGACUACUCUUACUGGUCCCACACAUCGCCUGAAGAUCCUUGCUUUGCAUCUCAGAGCCGUGUGUACAAUGAUAUUGGGAAGGAGAUGUUGCUGCAUGCCUUUGAGGGCUACAAUGUAUGCAUUUUUGCCUAUGGACAAACUGGAGCUGGGAAAUCCUACACAAUGAUGGGCAAGCAGGAGGAGAGCCAAGCAGGCAUAAUCCCCCAGCUGUGUGAAGAACUGUUUGAGAAAAUCAAUGACAACAGCAAUGAGGAAAUGUCAUAUUCUGUAGAGGUGAGUUACAUGGAGAUUUACUGUGAGAGAGUCAGAGACUUGUUGAACCCGAAGAACAAAGGGAAUUUGCGGGUGCGAGAACAUCCUCUGCUUGGACCAUAUGUGGAAGAUCUGUCCAAGUUAGCAGUCACGUCUUACACAGACAUUGCUGACCUCAUGGAUGCUGGGAACAAAGCCAGGACUGUGGCAGCUACCAACAUGAAUGAAACCAGCAGCCGCUCUCAUGCUGUGUUUACAAUUGUCUUUACUCAGAAGAAACAUGACACAGAAACUAAUCUUUCCACAGAGAAGGUCAGCAAGAUUAGCCUUGUGGAUCUAGCUGGGAGUGAGCGAGCUGAUUCAACUGGUGCCAAAGGAACCCGAUUAAAGGAAGGAGCAAAUAUAAACAAGUCUCUCACAACUCUGGGCAAAGUUAUUUCAGCACUGGCUGAGGUGGAUAACUGCACCAGCAAGAGUAAAAAAAAGAAGAAGACAGACUUUAUACCAUACAGGGAUUCUGUACUAACAUGGCUUCUUCGAGAAAAUCUAGGUGGUAAUUCCAGAACUGCGAUGGUUGCUGCUUUGAGUCCAGCAGACAUAAACUAUGAUGAAACUUUGAGCACUUUAAGAUAUGCAGAUCGUGCAAAACAAAUUAAAUGCAAUGCUGUUAUCAAUGAAGAUCCCAACGCCAAGCUGGUGCGUGAGCUGAAGGAGGAGGUGACAAGGCUUAAGGAUCUCCUGCGUGCCCAAGGGCUGGGGGAUAUUAUUGACACCUCCGAGAAUCAACGUCCUGGCAAUUUUUCCACAGCCUCCAUGGGGUCUCUCACUGCAUCUCCAUCCUCCUGCUCUCUCAGUAGUCAGGUGGGCAUAACAUCUGUGUCCAGUAUACAGGAAAGAAUCAUGUCAACACCUGGAGGAGAAGAGGCAAUUGAACGUUUGAAGGAAUCGGAGAAGAUCAUUGCAGAGCUGAAUGAAACAUGGGAAGAGAAGCUGAGGAAAACCGAGGCCAUUAGAAUGGAAAGGGAGGCAUUGUUGGCAGAAAUGGGAGUUGCCAUUCGGGAAGAUGGAGGAACACUGGGAGUCUUCUCACCUAAAAAGACUCCUCAUCUUGUAAACCUUAACGAAGAUCCCCUCAUGUCUGAAUGUCUGCUCUACUACAUCAAAGAUGGCAUUACUAGGGUUGGCCAAGCUGAUGCUGAACGAAGGCAAGACAUUGUAUUGAGUGGGGCUCAUAUCAAAGAAGAACACUGUGUCUUCCGAAGUGAGAGGAACAACAAUGGUGAAGUUAUUGUUACUUUGGAGCCUUGUGAACGAUCAGAAACCUAUGUUAAUGGCAAGAGGGUUGUGCAGCCUGUGCAGUUGCGCUCAGGAAAUCGUAUCAUCAUGGGUAAAAAUCAUGUCUUCAGAUUCAACCAUCCAGAGCAAGCACGAGCAGAAAGAGAGAAAACACCAUCGGCUGAGACUCCCUCUGAGCCAGUUGACUGGACAUUUGCUCAGAGGGAGCUUCUGGAGAAGCAGGGCAUUGACAUGAAGCAGGAGAUGGAGAAAAGAUUACAAGAAAUGGAGAUACUGUAUAAGAAAGAGAAGGAGGAAGCUGAUCUCUUGCUGGAGCAGCAAAGGCUGGACUAUGAGAGUAAGCUGCAGGCCCUACAGAAGCAGGUAGAGACAAGAUCCUUGGCAGCUGAAACAACAGAGGAGGAAGAAGAGGAGGAAGAAGUGCCCUGGACACGACAUGAGUACGAACUUGCACAGUGGGCUUUCAGGAAGUGGAAAUUCCAUCAGUUUACUUCACUGAGGGACCAACUCUGGGGAAAUGCAGUGUAUCUGAAAGAAGCCAAUGCCAUCAGUGUAGAAUUAAAGAAAAAGGUGCAGUUUCAGUUUGUGCUGCUGACAGACACCCUCUACUCACCCCUGCCACCAGAGCUUCUGCCCACUGAGCUGGAGAAGAUCCGGGACAAUAGGCCUUUCCCCCGUACAGUGGUAGCUGUGGAAGUACAGGAUCUGAAGAAUGGAGCAACGCAUUACUGGUCCUUAGAAAAACUCAAGCAGAGGUUGGACCUGAUGCGGGAGAUGUAUGACAGAGCUGGAGAGAUGGCAUCUAAUACCCAGGAGGAGUGUGAAAGCACAAUGACAGGCAGCGACCCCUUCUACGAUCGCUUUCAUUGGUUCAAGCUUGUUGGGAGCUCCCCCAUAUUCCAUGGCUGCGUGAAUGAGCGUCUUGCUGAUCGCACGCCCUCCCCCACUUUCUCCACGGCUGACUCCGACAUCACUGAACUGGCUGAUGAACAGCAGGAUGAGAUGGAGGACUUUGAUGAUGAGGCCUUUGUGGAUGAUACUGGCUCCGACGUUGGAACUGAGGAGGGAUCAGACCUCUUCAAUGAUGGGCGCGACCCGUUUUACGACCGAUCCCCUUGGUUCAUUUUAGUGGGAAGAGCAUUUGUAUACCUGAGCAAUCUGCUGUACCCGGUGCCUCUUAUUCACAGAGUAGCUGUUGUCAGUGAGAAAGGAGAAGUACGAGGAUUUCUGCGGGUGGCAGUUCAAGCUAUAGCAGCUGAUGAAGAAGCCCCAGAUUAUGGAUCUGGCAUUCGACAGUCUGGCACAGCUAAAAUUUCAUUUGACAAUGAGUAUUUUGAUAAGGUAAAAGAAAGUGAUUUUUCUUCAGUUGCAAUGACUCGCUCUGGGCUGUCACUGGAAGAAUUAAGAAUUGUGGAAGGGCAAGGUCAGAAUUCAGAGGUUACAACUCCUCCAGAGGAGAUCAACAGAAUGAAUGAGCUAGACUUGAAGUCAGCCACUCUGGAUGGAAAAAUGACUAUGGAAGGAUUCACUGAGGAAAUUGGUGAUCACUUGAAACUGGGCAAUGUGUUCACCUUCCGUGUGACAGUGCUGCAGGCCAGCGGCAUCCUGCCUGAAUAUGCAGAUAUUUUCUGCCAGUUCAACUUUUUACAUCGACACGAUGAAGCUUUCUCAACAGAACCUCUCAAAAACAAUGGUCGAGGGACUCCCCUUGGGUUUUACCAUGUUCAGAAUAUUGCUGUGGAAGUGACGGAAUCAUUUGUGGAGUACAUCAAAACCAAGCCUAUUGUGUUUGAAGUCUUUGGACAUUAUCAGCAGCAUCCUCUCCAUCUGCAAGGACAGGAUCUCAAUAGCCCUCCACAGCCUUCCCGAAGAUUCUUUCCUCCCCCUAUGCCACUCUCAAAGCCAGUGCCAGCUACAAAGCUCAAUACUCUGAGCAAACCCAGCUUGGGCCAUAGUGUGAGCAAGUACGACCUCCUCGUUUGGUUUGAGAUCAGCGAACUGGAGCCAACAGGGGAGUAUAUUCCUGCUAUUGUGGACCACACUGGAGGCCUGCCCUGUCAGGGGACCUUCCUGCUUCACCAGGGAAUCCAGCGUAGAAUCACAGUCACCAUCAUCCAUGAGAAGGGCAGUGAGUUGCACUGGAAAGACGUGCGAGAGCUGGUUGUUGGGCGUAUAAGAAAUAAAGCAGAGGUAGAUGAAGCUGCUGUGGAUGCUAUUCUGUCUUUGAAUAUUAUCUCUGCAAAAUACCUGAAGUCCUCUCACAGCUCCAAUAGGACUUUCUAUCGUUUUGAAGCAGUUUGGGAUAGCUCCUUGCAUAACUCCCUUCUCCUCAACCGAGUGACACCAUAUGGAGAGAAGAUAUAUAUGACCCUUUCUGCUUACCUGGAGCUUGACCACUGCAUCCAGCCUGCAGUUAUAACAAAGGAUGUUUGUAUGGUCUUUUACUCACGAGAUGCCAAGAUCUCCCCACCACGAUCACUGCGCAAUCUCUUCGGCAGUGGCUACUCCAAAUCUCCAGAUUCUAAUCGUGUAACUGGGAUCUAUGAACUGAGUUUGUGCAAAAUGGCAGACACAGGAAGUCCAGGAAUGCAGAGGAGGAGGAGGAAAGUCCUGGAUACAUCUGUGGCUUAUGUGCGAGGAGAGGAGAAUCUGGCCGGCUGGAGGCCCAGGGGUGACAGCCUCAUUCUUGAGCAUCAGUGGGAACUGGAGAAACUGGAGCUGCUGCAUGAGGUGGAAAAAACCCGACACUUCCUUCUGCUUCGUGAAAAGCUUGGUGACAGCAUCCCCAAGUCCCUGAGUGACUCACUGUCUCCCAGUCUGAGCAGUGGAACCCUCAGUACCUCCACCAGCAUUUCCUCACAGAUUUCAACUACAACAUUUGAGAGUGCUGUGACACCCAGCGAGAGCAGUGGCUACGACUCAGCAGAUAUAGAAAGCCUGGUGGAUCGGGAGAAAGAGCUGGCCACCAAGUGUCUGCAGCUUCUUACUCACACUUUCAAUCGGGAAUUUAACCAGGUGUACAACAGCAUCAGUGAUUGUAAGUUGUCAGAUAUUUCCCCCAUCGGGCGGGACCCAUCCGUGUCGAGUUUCAGCAGUGCCACCCUCACACCUUCAUCUACCUGCCCCUCUCUGGUGGAUUCAAGAUGCAAUUCAAUCGACCAGAAAACACCAGAAGCAAAUUCUCGUGCCUCCAGUCCCUGUCAUGAGGUGGAACAGUUCCAGAUAAUUCCUGCAGUAGAAACUUCCUAUCUUGCCAGAGCUGGAAAGAAUGAAUUCUUAAACCUUGUUCCUGAUAUUGAGGAGAUCAGACCAGGCUCUGUGGUCUCAAAGAAGGGAUACCUCCACUUCAAAGAGCCACUCUCCAGCUCCUGGGCCAAGCAUUUUGUGGUGGUUCGUCGUCCCUAUGUUUUCAUUUACAACAGUGACAAAGAUCCUGUAGAAAGAGGAAUCAUAAACUUAUCCACAGCUCAGGUGGAAUACAGUGAGGAUCAGCAGGCAAUGGUAAAGACACCCAACACAUUUGGUGUAUGCACAAAGCAUCGUGGGGUCCUGCUCCAGGCCAUCAAUGACAAAGACAUGAAUGACUGGUUAUAUGCCUUCAAUCCACUUCUUGCUGGCACAAUACGGUCAAAACUGGCUCGAAGACGCACGGGCCAGCUGAAGUACUGAGUCCAUGUAAUGUUCUCAUCUGUUCUCCCUAACUCACCUUCUGAUAGAUGAAGUGUUACCUCUCAUUUUCUCUUUGUGAUUCUUGACGGUUUCUCUUGUAUGUAAUCCUGUGGCUUAACAUCCCUUCCCCUCCCACCUCCUUCAGCACAUUUUCUAGGUAUUCUAACCGUACCUUGUUUCUUUUCACUUGUACUGAGGAUCGUACUAGUAGCAUGUGGCCAAACUAAAAGAGAAAGAAAAAAAAAAAGCAAAAAACUGGAGUGAUUUAUGCACGACUCUAAAAA